AAGUAUCAUGUGUCACAAUAGGUUUAAAAAAACGCCGUCGUGUCAACAGCCUGACUUGGUUUCAAUUUCGACUACGGAUCUGACUUUGACUGUGGUUAUUUAUACAGGUUUUAAAAAACGCCGUCAUGUCAACAGCCUGACUUGGUUUCAAUUUCGACUACGGAUCUGACUUUGACUUUGACUGUGGUUAUUUAGGUAUAAAUAACCACAGGGAGUCAGUCGGACAGGCAGCAGGCAGAACUAGAGUUUGAAGAGUCAGAAGAACGCUCGCUCAUUCACAACAUAAAACUUCGGCAACUGGCCCAGACGUAGUACACAGAGAUGGCGAACAGCAAUAUCAAUGGAAGUACCAACAGUAAUGUGAAUGGGAGUGCCAAAGCUGGGAUGCCAGGGGAUAUGGAUGGCAUGGAGGACAGUGUGGAGUUCAGACUGAUGAUGGCGUACGCCCAGAGGAGGAGACCUAGGGAGGUGUUGUGCCCGCUACCUCAAGGCACAGACACCCAGCCGGGUGGCACAGAGUCACUAGAGGGCCAUGCAGACACAUUAAUAAAGAAGACAAAGAAGAAGAAGGCGAUGAGAAUGAGGCUGCAGAGCUUGUUGAGCUGUAUCCGACCCCAUAGAGACAGUUCAGCUGUAGCAUCAGGACCACCAAGAACACCACCACCAGCAUCACCAACGGGCACCCAAAGGUCCUGCUUCAGAUCCUUUGGCAAUGGUUCAGUGGGAGAUGAGCUGAACGAGGUAGCUGACCGGUUGACUCAGAUUGCUGAUGGAGUGAGCUUCAGUCCUGGGGAUCUGGAGACUGAUGGAGAGGAAGAUGCUAUAGAGACUCUGGUGGGGCUGCUGCUGAGAGGAGCGGGAGACAAACUCAAUGAGGAGGUCCUGAAGGAUGCCUCUUUGUCCUCAGAGCUCUUUGGCUCCUACAGCUUCUACGAGAGGACCAUCUCUACCUUCCUCAGGAGACUGGGCCUGACCUCUGACCCCAGCACUCAGGGGUCACGCAAGGCCCAAAUCGCCCUGACUUGUGAGGUGACCAGUCGCCUGUCAGCGGUGGACAGCCUCCCUAUGAGCCGGGUGCUAGGCUUCGGAGCCAAAUACCUGCAGGAUCACUUCUCUUCCUGGGCCAGACAGCAGGGUGGAUAUGAGGAAGCUUUUGUGAAUGAUGAUGAGGAGGAAGUCGACUGAGCCAGAGGGAUUUUCCCCAUUCUAUACCCCCAUUGGCUUCUUCCUGAUUAUCCACUCUUUUCCCAAAGUAUGCAUUUGUGCACUUUCUGUCAUGGAUCAGAAUUUGAUUGGUGUAAUUAUUGGCUAAAGGGAGUUUCCACCAUUGUUAUAUCCAUAACGGGAAGGGGUGGUAAAGGGUGGGUAAUUGGGAUGGAGCCCUCCUCUAACCCCUAGAGAAGUUUCAACUCAGGGCAAUGUAUUGCUAUUAUUGCAUGCCCAAUUAAACGUUGAUUUUGCACAAAGAAACAUGUACAUAGAAAUAUAGAUGACUGUCUUCCAGAGCCAUAGGAUAUGAGGGAAACUACUUCAUCUCAAGCCCCAUUCCUUCUUUCGAAUUAUAAAUUGAUAUGAUAUAAGAAUGUAUAUGAAAGUACAGUAUUUGGGUGUUUAUAGGAAUGUAAAAAAUUGAAAAAUCUGUUGAAUUAAACAUAUCUACUUUAUUAUUUUACUUUAUAUAUAGGUAUUUACUUAAUUUUUUAUUGUAAGAAUAAUGAUGAUGAGACUGUCUACUCUUGAUGUAGUCUAUACUGUCUGAUCCAAAUAAUGUUUACAUAAAGCAACAUUGCCAAAGAUGUCAACAUUCCAGACCUCCAGAACUUUUGUUCUCAGUUGAUCCAGAGAUGGAAUCACUAUAUUUUUAAACCAUGACUGGACCAAACACUGGGGCAGCGACUGUAGCCUACAUAUACUGUAUGGAAGUGCUUCUAUUCUGACUGCUAUAUGGUCACACCGUCAUUCUCUGUGUGCUGAGUCUAUGCAUCAGAAUGUCUGCGUUAUUUGUUUAAUAAGAAUAAUUACACACAUUCCAUGUUAUGAUUAUAGUGUUCAAUGUUAACACUGAUUUAGACAGCUUUGUGACUGUUUGAUUUAUGUUUAAAUAUUCAUUUAUUGAAUAAAAAUAGGUCUACUGAAAAGA